UGUCAUUCUCAAGUAGCUAUAGAGGAAUGGCUUCAUCAGCAAAGACACCAGCUCUUGACAAGCCUAACCCAGCUGAAGAUUGGACUGUUGUAUUGCCUCGUCGUGGAAAACAAAAAAGAAAUUUUCAUAAAGUUAUCAUUCACGAACGGCAAAAACAAGAACAACUGUGGACUCCAUCAGAUAUUGAGACCAAUCCAGAGAGAGAAUCUAAAUUGAUGCAGAAAAUACAAACCUGCAUUAGGAAACUCGAGAGCUCUUCCUUCUGGUUGAAAUUUUUGGAUCAGUUACAAACCCCUGAAAUAUUUGAUAGGUUUCUAAAAGCUGUGGGCUCAGAAGGAAAGAUGCAGAUGGUAAUAUAUGGAAUUGGUAGCAUAGAAUCGUAUGAGCCUCCUAGAUUACAGCUUAGUCUUGCAAUCUUAAUGAAAAGAAUGUUUAGUUGGAUUGGGGAGGUAGAGGUAUUUGAUCCAGUGAUCUCUCUGGCAGAAUCUAGGGUGCUGACAGCUCUCGGUUGUUCUGUCCUAACAGUCAAUGAACAGGGUCGACGGCAAGCUUUAAGACCUACGAUGUUCUUCAUGCCACAUUGUGAUGCUGAACUAUAUGAGAAUCUUCUAGAGGCAAAUUGGAGGCAUGAUCUAUUGAGUAAUAUGACACUGUUUGGAAACAGUUUUGAGGCGUAUGAGCAACACGUGUCAGAGUGCAAAAUCCUUAGACUUGCUGAUUCUAGGAAGCAUAUCCUAGCAAUCAGGCAGUUUGUAAAAGAGCUUCCCAUUGAUUCUAGGAAGCAAAUCGUAGCAUUGAGGCAGUUUGUAAAAGAGCGUUCCAUUGAUCCUUUUUCAGAUGAUGUAUUUCGUGCCUUCCAUGGUUCAAGUUGGCAUUUUUUCGACAUUGAUCCACAUUCAGAUUUAUGUGAUGCUAAACCUUGAACUCUUGUUUUCUGGAUUGUACUCUUUAUUGGAACUGAAUAUCAAAUUUUUAUUAUGAUUUAGGAAAAUGUUCUUUCUUCA